AUGGCUGAAGAAUUAAUUGCUAAAUAUUUCAAGAAAACUAAUAAUGACUUCAAAGAUAAUAUGUCCACUUCGGCUGCCUCGUCAAAAUCACAGACUUCGUUUACUGCGAAGCCAAAAAAGAAAGGAAAUAUGGUCGAAAUUAUGAAAUUAAAAUCCAAAGCUCGG